UUCUCUCUCUACUGUGUAAUGUUUUCAAGCUUCGCCGGAGAAGAAGAAGAAGAUUAUGGAAGUUAUAACACCAUCGCCGUCAACUGAAUUCCAUUUUGACAGCGCUUCAACUUCCCCUUUCAUUAGCGCUCCAGGUAGUCCUCAACCAUUCGGAAAUCUCUUCUAUAGCGCCCCCACCAGCCCCACUCGCGUCUCUGCUUUCUAUACUGAAUUUCAUCAUUUCUCCGCCGCCGGUACUUGUGAUUCUCCUACUGUAAUUCCCAGAAUUUCCAAAGAUCAUGAUGAUGAUGAUGAUGAAUUCGAGUUCAAUUUCGGCGGUCAGUUAGAUAACACAUCCAUUAAUUCAGUCUCAGCUGAAGAACUCUUCCAUGGAGGUCAAAUUAAACCUAAUUUCAAACAGGUGGUGGACGAUUUACAAAAGUCACAUGAAUCUCCUCCUGUUGAAAUUGAAAGAGAGAACUUAUUUGUAAAGAAAGAAGGAGAAAGGAAGUAUAGAGGAAGUAGAUCUCUACCACGAUUUAGGAUCUCUGAUAUGUUAUUAGAGAAGACUACUGAUUCUUCUUCUUCUUCUAAAUGGGGAUGGAAAGGAUGGAGAUUGAAAGAUAUAUUACUAUUUCGAAGUGCAUCAGAAGGAAGAGUAAUGGGGAAGCUCAAGCAAUAUCCAUUAAAGAAAUAUGAAUUGUUGAAGAAGGUAACGGAAUCGGAAUCGGUUUCGAGUUUCCGAUCGUCGGAAAGUUCGAAGAGAGGGCCGGCGACGGCGAUGUCGGCUCAUGAGAUUCAUUAUACGGCGAAUAGAGCGGCGUCGGAGGAGAUGAAGAGAAGAACUUUUUUGCCUUACAAACAGACUCUUUUGGGUGGUUGCUUGGGAUUCAAUCCAGCCGUUCAUGAUCGACAUGCUGGAAGCUUUGGAUUAUCAACACGUGGCUGAUUAUUUAUGGGGUUUAAUUACUUUUUAUAAUUACUGUGUAUUAUUUUUUAUAUUAAACAUUCAAUUGUAAUAAUAUUUAAAUAGAUGAAUAUAUAUUAUU